CGGGGCGAGGGGAGGGAGCGCGCAGGGGCAGGGUGCCCACUGUGCGGAGGGCCGCCGGCCGGAAGCUGGGCCUCCCAGCUGGGGUCCGAGGAGAUGGCGUCGCAGGAGGCAGAGGCCGCCCUGACGCUGGACCGGGCGAGGACGGCGUUCCAGCGCUCCCAG